GGCGACAGGAGGGACGUGCGCAGGCGCAGUCCCACCCAGCGUGCGCAGCGACGGCGAUCACACCGAGCGGACGCGCCGAUCCUUCGCUCUUCCGCAGGCGAGGAAAUCGUGGGAGACGGAAACCAAGCAUCUGACUGAUUCACUCAAUCUGUCGGGAGCUGAAGAUCAUUGGGGCCUUCGAAUGUGGAAGGAGAAAUGUUUGUUGUGUCUACGGGAGAAGGUUUAAGAUAUCUGUGUUUGGAAAGGCACUAAUGCGCACACAGCCUCUGAGGAGCAGGAGAAUCGACGUUUCAGGCAUUUGGCCUUCACACCCAAAGUGAGCAUGUUUCGGCACACCGACUGUGGAAAAGACUUUGGCGCAGCCUGAGAAACGUCACAUCGUUCACAGAGGAGGAAGGAAACCGCAAAAAAAAAAAAAACAUGUUCUGAGUGUGGAGGUGGCUUCGACUGACCGUCCAACCUGGAGCGACACGAGGGCACCCCCGCCACAGAGAAACCCUGGGAAUGCGGGUUCUGUGGGAAAAAGUUCAAUUAUCCGUCUGAGCUGGGGAUCCACCAGCGGGCGCACACCGGGGAGAGGCCGUUCACCUGCACCGAGUGCGGCACGGGGUUCUCCCGUCUGUCCAACCUGCUGAGGCACCAGCUGGUCCACUCUGACGUGAGGACGUUCAAGUGCGCCGACUGCGGCAAGGCCUUCAAAAGCAGCAGCGACUUGCAGAAGCACCGGCGGGUCCACACCGGGGAGCGGCCGUUCGUCUGCGCCGCGUGCGGCAAGGGCUUCACCUGCUCGUCCAACCUGCUGAAGCACCAGCGCACCCACACCGGGGAGCGGCCGUUCGUCUGCUCGGUGUGCGGCAAGGGCUUCACGGGCUCCUUCACCCUGCUGCAGCACCAGCAGGUGCACACGCCGGAGAAGCCCUUCGCCUGCUCCGAGUGCGGCAAGGGCUUCACUCGGGCGUUCACGCUGCAGGCCCACCAGCGGGUGCACACCGGGGAGAGGCCGUUCACCUGCCCCGUGUGCGGGAAGGGGUACACCCGCUCCUCCCACCUUCUGAGACACCAGGUGGAUCACGACUGACCGUGGGGAGGGGUUUCGACUCGGCCCUUGUGGGUCACGUCCACUUGGAGGAUUUAAACAUCAGUGAGACUGAAAGGGUCACAGUGUUCCAGUGCACUGACUGAUCGUUACACUCUGAGAACAGCAUUACAUCAUUCACACCGGGGAAAGACUUACCGUGGUUCGGAGUGUUGGCAAAACUUCAACUGAUCAUCCAAGCUGGAGAGACGCAAGGCCACCCACGCCAUGAACAAACCGUGGAAAUGUGGGGACUGUGGGAAGGGAUUUUUGUCACCCUCUGCCCUGGCGAUUCACCGACGCACUCACACCGGGGAGAGGACGUUCACCUGCUGCGUGUGCGGCAACGGAUUCACUCACCGGUCCCACUUGGAGAUCCACCAGCGGGUCCACACCAGGGAGAGGCCGUUCCGCUGCUCCGUGUGCGGCAAGGGCUACACUCAGUCGUCCCACCUGAUCACCCACCAGCAGGUCCACACCGGGGAGAGGCCGUUCCGCUGCUCUGAGUGCGGGAAGGGCUUCACUCAAUCGUCCCACCUGAUCACGCACCAGCGGGUGCACACUGGGGAGAGGCCGUUCUGCUGCUCCGAGUGCGGGAAGGGCUUCACUCAAUCGUCCCACCUGAUCACGCACCAGCGGGUGCACACCGGCGAGAGGCCGUUCUGCUGCUCGGAGUGCGGGAAGGCCUUCGCUCAGCCCUCUCAACUGCGGCUGCACCGGCGGGUGCACAGCAGGGAGAGGGCGUUCAACUGCUCCGAGUGCGGCAAGGGCUUCCGCGAGCUGGCCAGCCUGGAGAAGCACCGCCCGGUCCACUCCGGCGACCAGCGUUUCACCUGCCCCGCCUGCGGGUUUAAGUUCACCCGGCUCACCGACCUGGAGCAGCACCGGAUGGCGCACACCGGGGAGAGGCCGUUUGCCUGCUCCUCCUGCGGCAAGGCCUUCACCCGCUCGACCAGCCUCCUGGCCCACCGCCGGGUCCACACCGGCGAGCGGCCCUUCGCCUGCCCGGUCUGCGGGAAGGGCUUUGCCGACCCGUCCACCCUCUGGAAGCACCGGCGCAUCCACACGGGGGAGAGGCCGUUCACCUGCUCAGUGUGCGGGAAGGCCUUCACUCGCUCGUCUCACCUACGGCGACACCAGCAGCUUCACUCUGAGUAGAGGCCACUGAGCACGGAAACGGAAUUUGUUGCUUUAUCCAGCCUGAAGAAAGACCGUCAAGUCCCUACCUGGGAGAGCGACCGAUUGUUCUACUCAGCACAAGAUGGGUUCAACUGAGUCAUUCAACUUGCAAUGAUUUAGCUGCUCUGACAAUGGUGUUUCUUGCAGUUAUUUUUCUCAGCCGGUUCAGACAUGUUAUGAUUUGAUAUGUUUUAAGGUUGUCACGUGUACCGAGAUACAGCGAAAAGUGUUGUUUUGUG